AGGUAUCGGCUUGGGGGAUGCGUUGGAGAAGGAGCGACGGGGAAAGUUUACGUGGGUCUCAACGUGUCAACGGGCGAUUUGCUCGCAGUCAAACAGAUCCACUUUGACAACAUCACUCGCGACGAGUUGGCUGCCAUCGAACAGGAAAUCCUCUUGCUACAGAAGCUUCGGCAUGAUCACGUCGUCUCAUACAUCGCCAUCGACAUCACUGACACCAACCUCAACAUCCUCAUGGAGUUUUGUCCGGGCGGGAGCGUCGCUCACCUUCUCAAGGCCUUUGGAGCUCUCGAAGAAGAAGUCUUGCGAGCUUACACUCGUCAGAUCAUUGAAGGCCUCGAUUUCCUCCAUCAAAAUCAAGUCGUGCACCGGGACAUCAAGGCAGCUUUCCCUCUCCUCUGCUUGUCUCCCCUCUUUUUGAAGAUCGCAGACUUCGGGGCGACUAUGGUGCUCACGGGGAACAAAACGAUGACCGAGGAUGGGAAGCAGAUCCAAGGAACUCCUUACUGGCAUGCCUUCGUCCACGCCCAAGGACCGAUGGCACCGGAAGUCAUCAAGCAGGAGGCGUACGGGAGGAAGGCGGAUGUUUGGUCCCUGGGCAUGACUGUGUUGGAGAUGGCGACGGCAAAGCAUCCUUGGGAGAAGUUCAACAACAAGUUUGCGGCGAUGACGGAGAUCGCGUCGGGCUCUUCCCUCCCUGAUGUCCCUUCACACCUCUCGCCCUCGUGCAAGGAUUUCAUCCUCUGCUGCAUUCAGAGGUGA